GCGAAAUUUUGUUUCUCUUCGGUUACAACCAUUUUCAGACUGGUCUCAUCUAUCAAAUCAGUCGCAUUGCAGGGUUCAUCAUGGACGAUGGGCCGAGGAAAGUGCCAUGCCAGGCAGGAGCCAACUGCAUCUGAGAAUCUCGGCGUGCAUCUCGUUUGCUCCAGUCUUCGAUUUCUCACCCGCGUGUCUGUACCGACCCACUGCACGUCCAAUUUCAUCACUUAUGUGGCCGAUCAUCUCCUUCCUCUCUGAAAUUCUCCCGUUUCUCCCGUGUUCCCUUCGGCACUGCGUUCCCGUGGCACCGCCAGCUCUGCCGAUCCCCACGCGUUCUCGGACUGUCCGUCUUCUUUGUCUGACCGAGAUCACUUCCUGCAGCCCCCCGGUACCCCGUCCUCACCUUUCCGCUCUGUUUGUCUUAUUGAGUGGUGUUUGCUGCCGCGAGGCCCUUGCACUUUCCUGCAUCCCCGGACUCACAGCAGCUCAGCAUGUCGUCCUCGGACAGAAACAGCACCAAGGAGGACCAGGUCGGCGUUCAGGAGGCACCUGCUGAUAGUGCUUCGGGCGGUCUAGACACCGCCUGGAAGUACCUCGACACCCAUCGGGAUGAUGUCGACCACCACGAGCCAAUCGAUCUCACGGCCCUGCGCCGCAAGAUCGACUGGCACAUCGUGCCUUUGAUGUUUCUGUGUUACACGCUUCAGUUCCUUGACAAAGUCAUCCUGAACUACGCAGCUGUCAUGGGUAUCUCGAAGGAUUUGAACCUGCAGGGCAACGAUUUCUCCAACAUCGCAACAUUCCUCUUCGUGGGCCUGCUGUGCUUCGAGGUUCCUAACAUCUAUUUCCUCCAAAAGGUUCCCGCCGCCAAAUGGCUGGGUCUGAACGUCAUUCUUUGGGGUACGGCUACCGCCUGCGGUGCUGCUGCCUACAAUUACCAGACCCUCCUUGUCUCGCGCAUCUUCCUGGGCAUCUUUGAGGCCACGAUUGCGCCCUCGCUGAUGCUUAUCAGCAGCCAGUGGUACACCAAGUCGGAGCAGGCGCCUCGCUUCUCCUUCUGGUACACCGGCCUCGGCAUCGGCCAGAUCAUCGGCGGUCUGGUUUCGUAUGGCUUCCAGCACAUGGGCCCUGAUGCCAAGCUCUCUGGGUGGCGGACCAUGUUCGUCGUUCUCGGCGUCGUGACCGUGGUCGUUGGCUCCUGCGUUGUCAUCUUCCUCCCCGACACGCCCAUGAAAGCGCGCUGGUUGUCGGACACCGAGAAGGUGGCCCUGCUCAAGCACGUCAGUGUCAACCAAACGGGAGUGGAGAACCGCAAGUUCCGCGGCAAGGAGAUUAUUGAGGCCUUGCUGGACCCUCAGGUCUAUCUCCUGUUGCUGGCCGUGAUUCUGCUGUCCGUGUCUAGCGGUGUCGUCACCAGUUAUUCGGCCACGCUGAUUCGCAACCUCGGGUAUGACCCGAAGCGAGCCGCUCUGAUGAAUACUCCUUCUGGUGCUGUUAGCAUCUUCUUCACGCUCUUUGUUGGAUUUGGGAUCCGCAUGCAGUCGCACCGCUGGGCCUUCAUCAUCGCCUGCAUCAUUCCUGCAAUCAUUGGCGGCGCUCUGAUGUCCUUCCUCCCAACUUCCAACAGGGAUGGUUGCCUGGCAGGUAUUUACCUUGUCAACGCCGUCGUCGCUCCCCUUGCCAUCUUUUACAACUGGAUCAUGGCCAACGUUGGCGGCGCCACUAAGCGUGCCUUUGCCGCGGCACUCAUCAGCGGUUCCUUCUCCCUCGGCAACAUCAUCGGGCCUCAGACGUUUCAGGCCAAGGACGCGCCCGAGUACCGCCCCGCUAAGCUCGCCGUCAUGGGCACCCAGGCUGGCUGCGCCUUCAUCACCUUCCUUCUCUUUCUCUACUAUGUGUGGCAGAACAAAAAGCGCACGUCGGAGAACGAGACGGAGGAUGCCUUCAUGUCACAAGAGGCCUGGUCUGGCAAGACGGAUAAGGAGAACAGGAAAUUCCGCUACGCUUAUUAGAUGGUAUCGGACUGCAACGUUGGAUACUUGCUAGAGAGCAUGGGGUUUUGUCAUGUAGACUGAUGUCAGCCGUAUCUAGACGCAGAGGGUACACAGUUUAUUCUCUGCAGCAUCUGUUGAAUUAAACAUAACGUUAG